AUGGUGAGUGUGGGAGUCAGCACAGAGUCCUGCCAUGCCAGGUGGGAAGUAGAGACAGAUGAAAUUGUCCUACAACGGCGGCAAAAGCAGAUAGAUUAUGGCAAACGCACGCCUGGUUACCAGUGCUUUCUGCAGCAGGUCCCCAAAGCACAGCGACAGCCAGGACUUCACCCUCAAACGCCAAACAAGAACAGGAGAUACAGCCGUCGCUCCUGGGAUGCCCAGAUCAGGCAGUGGAGAAGAGCUCUACAUUCCUGGGACCCCCCCAGCCAGCCUCUGCAGGGCAGGGGGGCUGAGGGGCAGGGAAUGGAGAGUCUCUUAAAGCCAAUGGAUUCCACCCCUUUGGAUGACCUACUGGAUGACUGGCUUCAGACCCUGGAACACUCGGAGAAUCUUGACGGAGGCCAGGAGGGAACCCAGGCAUUUGCAGACCUGGUGGCUCCUGCUUCCUCCCUUCCCUGGCUCUAUGAGGAAGAUCCCCACCACUGCCUCUACUUUCUAGUUUAUCACAGUUACUUAUUUGUCCCAGACUUGAGUGGGGAACAAAAUAUUUAG